CGGACAUUCAAGAAGCGCCCGGUGGAAUCCAGAUCAUUAAGCCUUCAUUUCUUCAUUCUUACUAAAACAAAAUCAUCAUCGUCAUCUUUCUUCUUUUUUCAUCUGCCAUCUCCCAUCUCCCAUCAUCUGCGCAUAUCCGACGUUCUCAUAUGUGCUUGGUCUAGAUCUCUCUCGGCCACCAUGCACCUCCGUUCGUGCCUUGUGGGGAGCGUCCUCGCUCUAGGCGCCAACGCCUUGCUAGUUAUCCCCGAACUCGACGAAGCCAUCGCCCCUGAGGGCGACUUCCCCCCCUUCCAUCCGUUGGAGGUUUACGCUCCCAAGAAGCAGCAGGUUGAGCUUGCCUGCACCGAGUGUCCAUUCCCCGAAGUUGGUGAGAAUGGGCAGGUCAGCUGGACUGAUGGCUUCCAGACGUCUCUGUCUUUGGAAUUCUCGACUGAAAAUGGCUUCCUGCUGGCCAACGGUCGCCAAAUCUUCCCUCCUCCACCUCCAACCCUCAUUACUGCAGUACAGCGCCGGGCGUCUGAUGGCAUGGAAACGGAGCCGAUUCCCUUGGGAUAUGCUGUAGAAGAGAUGCCUCUGCCAACCCCGCCCGAGGACCCUAUGCAGCUUGUGGCUGUGCGCUUUACCGUUCUCGACCUCGACAGUCGCCCAGUUCCCUUGGACACCGUGGCUUUGACGCUUAUCCACGACCCUACCAGCGGUGAGCUCUACAUGGCCAAGACCGAGAUCGAAGAAGCAACACCCGACCGUGUCUCCUGGAGACAGUGCCGUGGAAAGCCGAACUGUCUGAGGAAGUUGUUGUUUGACCGGAUGCGAUCCUUGUUCGCAGCGGCCAAGGCACGUAUGCUUGGAAUGGGACCCAAGCCGAAGGGCUCGCAUUGCGGUGGUCCUCAUGGCAUGGACCACCCUCGCCCGCCCUUCCCUCACCACCAUCACCAUCACCAUGACGAUGAUGGUUUUGACUCGGAGCGCAUUGAGAUGCCGCCCGUGGAGGGAGAGGAGGCCGGUUUCAUGGGCCACAUGGGCCACAUGGGCAAAUUUGACCGUCCCCACCAUCACCACCACAUGAACCACAUGCACCACGGCCAGUGGGAACGCACUGUCCACCGCGUGGUCCGCUUCAUCGUGGUUCCAGCCGUGUUGGGUGUUUUGGCAGGGUUGGCCGCUAGCGCUCUCGGUAUGCUGGUCGGUCAGAUCGUGGUCUUCAUGUGGCAGCGUUUCCGCCGUUCUACCCCCAAGAAGUCCCUGGAACAGGGCACUGUGGCUGAAAAGCAGGGCUUGAUGACUGAGUCUUCCGAUGAUCUCCCCCCUGCCUAUAGUGAUGAAGAGGCCAUGACGGAGGUAGCGCCUUUGACCAAGAACUGAGCCGUUAAAUACUGCUAAUCUCUUCUGCACACUAUAUCCUGCAUGUUGAGAUGUUGCACCGGCCUGGACUACAAAAAGGUGGGACUGGCAAGACUUGCCGGCAAAUUCGCCGGAGAUGAAUAUAUUUGAGCUUCUCGUUGUUUCUUUCGAAGUGAUUCUGUAAAGCAAACCCUCGUUCCUAUUUCCUAUACCUUUUUUUCCCCUACCCCUUUUCUUCCCUUUGACUAUGAUUGUCCGCUGGGAUCUAGUUCGCUCUUUCGGCUUUCCUGUCGGCUGUACUAGGCCACUGGCCAGACUCCGCUAGUUUCCUUAUGUAGUGCAAAU